ACAGAUGGUGUGUGGUUAAGCAACUAUAGUCUCUCUCUCCUCCUCCUGUCCUAAAACCAUGUCUCCAUACACUUUUCCUUCAAAACUCAUUUUCCUCUUCUGAUCCCUCCUUUAAAUAUACUCUCUCUCUCUACCUUAAUCCUUGCAUGCAUUGAUCAUUGACAUGAAGAGGGAUAAAAAGAAACAAAAACUAGAGGAAGAGGAGCAGAUGAAAAUGGAGGUGGUGCUGGAGGAGCAAGUUGAUGCAUUGGCUGCAGCAGCGACGGUGGCUGCGGCUGCGGCAGUAGAAGAGGAGGAGGAGUUGUGGGGUAUGAGGCUCAAGGAAGGAUACUUUGUGGUCGACGAGCUGAUGACAUGGAGCACUGUGUUGCCUUCAUGCUGGGACGUGGAGUUUGUCGAGAAAAACUAUGGAGUUUUGUUCGAAGAUGUUGUUUGGGACGAUGAUAUUUGGAAUUUGAACACUUCUACUCAGCUUCCACCUUUAGAUAAUAACAUAAUACAAGAUUGAAGUCUGGGGAUUCGACGUUUUACAAUCCGUUCGGUUUG